CGCAGAGAAACUUCUCUUCUUGAUCAUAACAAGUACUAUAACUACAAAGGAAUUGUUGCAAGUUAUACACAUUCUCCAUUAGCUCUUAUCAUCAUCCUGCCUCUCUUUUGCAAACAACCCUAAACUCAUUUUCACAAAAUAUACAUAAGUAAAUAAACUCUCCUUGUGCUGUUUAGUCCUCGUGUUCACACACACACACACUCUCUUAUCUCUCUAUUUGUCUCCAUUCCAGUCAUGUCUACGAUGAGGUUUCGAAAGCCUAGCGAGAUAGCUAUAUGUGAUGAAGGACAAGAAGACUGGUGGUCCGUCUCCAAGACCCACAAGCGCAGAUGGAGAACGGCUUUCACGGCCAUAUCUUUCACCAGGCUCCUUUUUUCUUUGUCCAAGAAAGUCCUUGACAAGGAUGGCUCUCUCUUGCGCACCCUUUCCUACGUUGCCAUUGACGUGCAGCGUAUCAACGAAGACUCCCCACUGGACAGCAAAGCCAUUACAUUGCUUACUGUCGAUCCAACAAAGCUUCGUGACACGGUAAGGGACAAAAACUUUGAGUCUUUAAGUGAGUUUGGAGGGGUAAAAGAACUUGCUUUAAUUCUUGAAACCGAUGUAAAAAACGGUAUCAAUGGUAGUGAGGCUGAUCUUAUUCAUAGACAGAAUGUUUUUGGUGCCAACAAAUACCAUAAACCACCACCUAAAAGGUUUAUAAGAUUUGUGUUAGAUGCAUUAAAAGAUACAACUAUUAUAAUAUUAUUGGCAUGUGCUGUACUCUCUCUUGGCUUCGGUAUCAAGCAACAUGGCUGGAAAGAUGGGUGGUAUGAUGGCGGGAGUAUCAUUCUCGCUGUCUUUUUGGUUGUUGCUGUGUCUGCAGUGAGUGACUUCAAACAAUCAAAGCAAUUUCAGAAGCUUUCAACAAAGAGUAGUGAUAUAACAGUGGAAGUUGUGAGAGAUGGGAGGCGCCAACCUAUAUCGAUAUUUGAUGUUGUUGUGGGCGAUAUUGUGUGCUUAAAGAUUGGUGAUCAAGUUCCCUCUGAUGGGUUAUUCUUGGAAGGGCAUUCUUUGAAGGUGGAUGAGUCUAGCAUGACUGGUGAAAGUGACCACAUCGAGAUCAAUCAAGGGAAUCCCUUUAUGUUAUCAGGCACAAAGGUCACAGAUGGCUAUGGUUUCAUGCUCGUCACUUCUGUGGGCAUGAACACUGCAUGGGGUGAGAUGAUGAGUUCUAUAAAUCGUGACUUGAAUGAGGAGACGCCAUUGCAAGCACGCCUCAACAAGCUAACUUCUUAUAUAGGGAAGAUUGGUCUGUUGGUGGCUGCACUUGUUCUUGUUGUUAUGUUGAUUCGGUACUUCACAGGGAACACUAGAGAUGACAAAGGAAACAAGGAAUUCAUUGGCAGCAAGACAAAGUUUAAUAAUGUGAUGAAUGUAGUAGUGAGUAUUGUCUCUGCUGCUGUUACUAUCAUUGUGGUAGCUAUUCCAGAAGGCUUACCUCUGGCUGUUACUCUAACUCUGGCUUAUUCAAUGAAAUGCAUGAUGGCUGAUAAUGCUAUGGUCAGAAAACUAUCUUCUUGUGAGACAAUGGGCUCCGCUACAAUAAUCUGCACCGACAAAACAGGCACUCUUACACUAAAUGAAAUGAAAGUUACAGAGUUUUGGCUUGGAAAGGAAGCAGUGAAAGAUGAUACUUUUGCGGGUUUGGCAGGUAAUAUUCUCAAACUACUACAUCAAGCAGUUAGCUUAAACACAACUGCUACAGUUUACAAACCACAUUCUACAUCAGUUCCAGAGAUUUCUGGUAGCCCAACUGAGAAAGCAAUUCUUUCUUGGGCUGUAUUAAAUUUGGAUAUGAGUAUUGAUGAAGUAAAGCAGAAUUAUCACACAAUCCAUGUAGAGGCCUUCAAUUCAGAGAAAAAGAGAAGUGGGGUUUUGGUGAAGAGGAACAAUGAGAAAAUUAUUCAUACCCAUUGGAAGGGAGCUGCUGAAAUGAUACUGGCCAUGUGUUCAUCUUAUUAUGACAGAGAAGGGGUGCUGAAAGUAAUGGAUGAGGAAGAAAGAUUGCAGCUUGAGACUACUAUUAAGAAUAUGGCACAAAAAAGCCUGAGAUGCAUUGCAUUUGCCUACAUAGAAGUUGAAGAAGAAAGUGGACAAGCUCCUGAGAAGCUUGAAGAAAAUGGGCUGACAUUAUUAGGGUUUGUUGGCUUGAAGGAUCCAUGUCGGCCAGGAGUCAGUGCAGCUGUGGAGUCUUGCAAAGCUGCUGGAGUGAAUAUCAAAAUGAUCACUGGUGACAAUGUGCAUACAGCAAGGGCUAUAGCUCUUGAAUGCAAGAUUCUCAAUCCUGAUGAGGAUUUGGAUAAUGAAGCAGUAGUUGAAGGGGUACAAUUUAGAAAUUACUCACCUGAAGAGAGAAUGGAAAAGAUUGAUAAAAUCCUUGUAAUGGCUAGGUCAUCUCCUUUUGACAAGCUUCUUAUGGUACAGUGCUUGAAGAAGAAAGGCCAUGUGGUUGCAGUCACAGGUGAUGGAACCAAUGAUGCACCUGCACUAAAGGAAGCAGACAUUGGGCUUUCCAUGGGGAUCCAGGGAACUGAAGUGGCAAAAGAGAGCUCAGAUAUAGUUAUCUUGGAUGACAAUUUUACCUCUGUGGUAACAGUAUUGAAGUGGGGAAGAUGUGUAUACACAAACAUUCAAAAGUUUAUUCAGUUUCAGCUCACAGUGAAUGUUGCUGCCCUUGUUAUCAACUUUGUUGCAGCUGUUUCUUCUGGUAAGGUGCCUUUGACUGCAGUCCAACUAUUAUGGGUGAAUCUGAUAAUGGAUACAUUGGGAGCUUUAGCCUUGGCUACUGAGAAACCCACUAAUGAUCUUAUGGCAAACCCGCCUAUUGGUCGAUCCAAGCCACUUAUAACCAAAAUCAUGUGGCGGAACCUCAUGGCACAAGCUGUAUAUCAGGUAACCAUCUUAUUGGUUUUACAAUUUAAGGGAAAUUCCAUCUUCAGUGUAAAGGAGAGCAUUAAGAGAACCCUCAUUUUCAAUACAUUUGUCCUCUGCCAAGUCUUCAAUGAAUUUAACGCAAGAAAAUUGGAGAAGAAGAAUAUAUUCAAAGGGAUACUUAAGAACAAGCUGUUUAUAGCAAUUGUUGGGAUCACCAUAGUUCUUCAACUAGUGAUGGUGGAGUUUCUGAAGAGAUUUGCCAAUACUGAGAGACUGGAUUGGGGGCAAUGGGGUGUUUGCAUUGGACUUGCAGCUUUGUCAUGGCCAAUUGGUUGGCUUGUAAAGUGCAUCCCAGUUUCAGAGGAUCAAAUAGCAACUAUGUGGAGCUUCAAAAGGGAGGUUGAAUGAUCUCUGUGAGGAAAAGACCAGGUUCAUGAUUACCUUUAAGAAAACCUUGCAAACUUAUUCAGCCUAUCAGGGCUAGUGGUGCUGAAUGAUCUGAGUCAAACAGUGUUAGCAGAUCGAAGCGUCUUGGCUGCAACAUAAUCAAUGGUUUGUGUAAAGCAUAGGGUAAUUAAAGAGCCAGAGUCAAUAUCAAGAUGAUCAGUAGAGACAAUCACUCCAAAGCUAUAGCUUGUUAGUGCAUGAUUCUCAAACAUCAUGUCUAAUAUGAAUUUAGAUGGUGAAGCAGAAGGGCAUUGUAAAUUCAGAAAUUGCUUGCCUGAAGAGCAGAUUGAAAACAUUAAUUCCUUUAUGAUGAUAGAUCCCACCAUUUGGACAGAGCUUAGAAGGCACAUGCUUGAAGCAGAAACUCCAUAUUUGUGUAAGUCAAAGGCCUUAACCAGUGACAUGCCUGCUCUGAAAGCAAUUGAGUUAUAGGAGUUCAAGGCUCUAGCGUAGCAAAGGAGAGUUCAGAUACAGUUCAUAGAGGACAAACCAACAUAUGUAUUAAGAUGUUGAAGAUGUGUGUACAGUGUACUA